AUGAAUAUUUUUAAAAGAGGGUCACUUCAAACGUUCUUGAAAUUAUCUUUUGCACCAAGACCAAGAUUUUAUCAACUUCCCAUCUCAACAAGAAUGUCUACGGAAACCGUUCCUAAGAGAACUAUAACAUCAGAACAACCUGCUCAAAAGGCUAAAAAGAUUAAGCUGAAAAGAUACAAAGCUAAGAAAGUGGAUCCUACAUCUCCAUUGGGUAUCUUACAACUGGAAAUCGAUGAAUUACUCGCACAACACAAUCUGAAGCGCGACGAUGUUCAAAAUGACAUAACUGCCAUUCUGAACGAUUUCCCUAAAGUUAAUGGUCCCAUUGCUUCAAAGUAUCACCGUGAGGUUACAGAUGUCAAGAUCUUGGCUUUAACUUCUAACGGUGAUGGGUUAGCUAUAAUUUCCAAUCCUGUGGAGACAGAGAAGAAACAGAUCGUAGUGGUACCGUUUGGAUUACCUGGCGAUGUAGUGGACAUCAAAGUUUUCAAGACACAUCCUCAUUAUGUGGAAAGUGACCUGUUGAAUGUGAAAGUGAAAUCGCCCAUUAGAAGAGAUGAUUUAAUAAAAGAUAGGUAUUUUGGUAAAUCAUCUGGUAGUCAAUUCGAUUUCUUGGAAUAUCAAGAACAAUUAAAGAUUAAGAAGAACACUGUUUCGAACGCCUAUAAGUAUUUUGCACCAAGGUUAUUAGCAGAUAAUUUGUUACCUCAGAUUGGCGAAACUGUCGCAUCACCAUUACAAUAUGGAUAUAGAACCAAGAUUACCCCACAUUUCGAUAUGCCCAGAAGAUUAAAGACUUUGGAAGUUAGACCACCACUUGGGUUUGGUCAGAAGGGGAGACCACAAUGGAGAAAGGAAACUAUCAAUGAAGGAGGCAAUGCUUCUAUUUUGGAUAUUGAAGAGUGCGCCUUGGCAACCGAUAUAAUAAAUCAAGGUCUUACGAAUGAAAGAAAGAGAUUUGAAAAAGAAUUUAAGAAUUACAAGAAAGGUGCAACUAUUUUAUUGAGAGAGAAUACAAUUAUAUUAGAUCCUUCUAAGGAAGUGGAAGAGCAAUUAGAAGAAGGUUCAAGAGAUGAAGAUGGGAAGAUAAGUUACAUACUAGUGGAUGACAAGGAGCAUGGGGUGAAGCUUGCAAAGACUUGUGUUACCAAUCCGAGACAAAUAGUAACGGAAUAUGUGGAUGGAUACACAUUCAAAUUCACAUCCGGUGAGUUUUUCCAAAACAAUAAUUCUAUCUUGCCAAUUGUCACCAAGUAUGUGCGUGAAAAUUUACAACUUCCAAAUUCUAAAGAGGGUGAGCCACGUUACUUGGUUGAUGCAUACUGUGGUUCCGGGUUAUUUAGUAUAUGCAGUUCUAAGGGUGUUGAUAAGGUCACUGGUGUUGAAAUAUCAGCUGAUAGUGUAUCAUUUGCUGAGAAGAACGCCAAGGCCAAUGGUAUUGAAAAUUGUAAAUUCAUUGCUGGUAAGGCUGAAAAGCUUUUUGAAUCUAUUGAUACACCAAAUGAUAAAACAUCAGUCAUCUUGGAUCCUCCAAGAAAGGGAUGUGAUGAGUUAUUCUUAAAGCAAUUGGCUGAGUAUUAUCCUGCUCGUAUUGUUUACAUAUCCUGUAAUGUACACUCACAGGCUAGAGAUAUGGAAUAUUUCAUAAAGGAGACCGAAAAGGGUAAAGAUUAUAAGAUUGAAAGUUUGAGAGGAUUUGAUUUCUUCCCACAAACUCAUCAUGUAGAAAGUGUAUGUGUGUUAUCUAGAGUUUAG